UUCACCUCGCAAGGGCAACUUUCUAUUUAUAUUCUGAUUGCUGUUGAUUGAUAUCCUUUUCCCGGUUAUGAAAUGAUUGUCCUCUGAGUUGCAUGCUCGAAAAAUACUUAAACAGAAUAUUUAUCCAUGCUUUUAUCAUUCUGAACAAAGCACGCCAAACAGAAGACCCCUUGCCCUUGUCAUUUAAAAUAUUCGACACAUCUCAUCGCUACUCGGAGCUGUUCUUCGAAAGGUCUUCGAAAGGCUGCCGAGAUGGCCGUCACUAAGAUAGUGGAUGUCGGCACUGCGGAUGCCGUCUGGUUCAAAUACCUCCUCUCCUGUAUAGCAGCGUCCUGCGCGGAGUUCGCGACCUACCCGCUGGAUCUGACAAAGACCCGGCUGCAGAUUCAGGGCGAGUCGGCCGAUAGCAAGGUGCCGUACCGCGGUCUGUUCAGGACCGGUCUCGGAGUGGUUCGAGAGGAGGGUAUACUCUGUCUGUGGCAGGGUAUUACCCCCGCCGUCUUCCGACAUGUCAUCUACACCGGUGUGAGGAUGAACGGAUACGAGUGGAUGAGAAACCAAGUCCGUGAGGAGGGCGCCUCGCUGCCCGUGUGGCAGGCGGCGUUAGGGGGCCUGCUGGCUGGAGGUACCGGACAGCUACUCGCCUCGCCGGCUGACCUCGUCAAAGUUCAGAUGCAGAUGGAGGGACGGCGGCGACUGCUCGGACAAAAGCCCAGAGUGCUGAGUGCGCGGCACGCGUUCCAGCGUAUUAUCAGCGAGGGCGGUGUCCGCAGCUUAUGGAAGGGCUGUGUUCCCAACGUACAGCGCUCGGCACUCGUCAACCUCGGCGAUCUCACCACCUAUGACUCUGUCAAGGGCCGUCUGGUCAGAAAUACGUCACUGGGGGACAACCAUCUGACGCAUUUUCUGGCUAGCGCGUGCUCGGGUCUGGUCUCUGCGACACUGGGCACGCCGGCCGACGUGGUCAAGACCCGUGUCAUGAACCAACCCACCGACCAUCAUGGGAGGGGUCUUCUGUACCGGAACUCGAUCGACUGUUUCAUCCACCUGGUGCGUUCCGAGGGCCUCCUGGCCAUGUACAAAGGCUUCCUGCCCUGCUGGAUGCGCAUGGCCCCCUGGAGCCUCACCUUCUGGUUCACCUAUGAGAACAUGCGGAAGUUCUUCGGCACGCCCACCUUCUAGCAGAACGCUCAUGACGUAUGGACGGAGAGCCAGGACCAUAGAGGACGCUGGAGAAGCGAACCGGUGAUAAGAGAGGAUGAGGGGAUGGCAGGGAGUGGCAGAUAAGUGAGUGAGUGAUGCAAUGAAGAAAGAAAGGCGGCUGGUGGAAGGACAGUAUGACACAGACGCCAUUUGGCCAGGGUCUUGUGGUGUCAUCUGGUGUUGAGAGCGGGAGGCUUUGUCCCUUAGCGAGAGGCUUGGAGGUCAGUCUGUAGCCGACGAGAGUUCCUCGCACCGCCAAACCAGCAGGAAGGCCAACAGGAGCAGAGACCAGUGAGGGAUGUGAGGGAGACGCGAAGUUUCAGAGGUAGAGAUUGCAGGGACGAGAGAUCAGCGGACGUUCUGACUGGCAAGGAGCCUGUGUUUGCGUUCGAUGGCACAUUACGCACAUAUCCAGUUAUCAGCAGGCGACCAAGAACUGAGAGCCGAGCAGGAGCACUUCGCCGUCGUGUUGUUCGCUAUUCUGGGCGGUGGUUUAUCGUUGUGAACGAGAGGUCAGGUCAGCUCAGGUCAGCCUGAGGUCAGGUCAGUCUAGACGAAAGUCGGCCAGAAAACGGGAAGGGCAAACUGGAAGGCGAAAGUAAGCCCCCGGGCAGAAAAUUGCCCUGAAGCCAGUCUUAUGCCAGAAGAGGCUAUGCUCUUGGAACGAUCGUUAGUGGAUGGUGACCGGUUGGGUGUGGUUAUGGAUCUUAUUGUGAGCCGCUGUGACAAACUCACACGCACGGCACGACCAUUUGAGAUCUUAUCCACGGACCAUGUACUGUUUAUUCAUAUCGAUUGAUGUCAGUACAUUGGGACUUAUUCGCGUGUGAUCAAUUCACCGGAAAGAAUUCGGUGCUGUGUGAUAGUCGGUGGGGUUGGCGAAAAGCUCGUGCAUAAUUGGAUUCGCGACCUCGCGUAGGAAGUUGGACGCUGGUGAGCGAAAUGGCCAGAGCAGAGAGCACUUUUUGUAGUGUAUUGAAUGCGACAUGACUUUUGAACUUGGGACUCAAUCGGUCAUGCUUUUGGGGCUGAUAACCAUUUUUCUGUAGUUCCUCACAUCAGUUAUUUUGUGUAGCUCUCACAUUGCCUAUUUUUCUGUGGUUCUUCAAAUUAGUGUUGUACAGACCCCCUGUUGACUGAAGGCGCCCCAUUAUCAAUUAUUAAGUGCAUAUGGAAUUAACGAGCUCCAUCCCAUUAAUUCCAAUAGGGCUGCUGACAAAUGACCAUUAAGUAGAGGCUAUAGAGUAUGCUCAUUUAAGUUUGACCUUAGCACUAAUGUCAAUCGAUCUACGAAAGUUUAUGGUCAUAACUAACCCGACUGUUGUUGUGAACGAUAAUGUAUGCGAAGCGAGGACCUUGACACGAUUUUUGAUUAGGUGCUGACGCGAUCAACUCGAUUCGUGGCCAUCAAUUCUAGUUGGCCAUUCUUUCAUUGUUUGUAGCUUGUGUUUUUUGGCAUUUAAUCUUCGGUAUGAAGUUUAAUUCAAUAGUUUCAGUUGUCUUUUCAAAGUAUCAAGUAUCGCAACACGGACCCACCUAUUGAUGUGUGAAUGCAUGACGUGUCGAUGGCUCUUAUAGAGUCUUUAAAGCCCGGUGUGAUUGAUGACGCAAGAAAUUGAGAAAAGUUAACGUCACUGAGUUGGAUGUUCGUAUGUAAUUGAUGUUGGCAUCGAACUGCCGUUUGAAAGCGCUGCCGUUUAACCGAAGUGGAUAGGGCCGGGGUUCGCCUCACUAACACUAACCCUAUGGUGUGGAUAGAUAGGACAGUAUUACACUCACUUAGCUCAAGUUUAGCUCUCAGGGUAGAUCGCCGAAAGGAACACUCGCUGGCGUGGGGGGGAUGGGAACUCACGGCGUCCCGCUCGGCUCCUUGGACUUUUCACCGGAGUAAAGGUGCCUCUGGUGGAAGGAAACUCACUCGAGAAGGGGCGCGGAUAUCAGGUGGGAACGGUUGGGUGUGAUGUCCGUGAAAAUUUAGCGAGAUGUAACCGUGAUAUCACCAUAGUUUCUUACGCAUAUUUGCCGGUGUUUGGUGUAAGUGUCGUGGUGGUGGGCCCUUUGCCGGUGUUAGGAUGAAUGUUUUGCUGUUACGACUUACGGCGAACUCUGAUGUAAUGUGAGGCGGUGGCAUGACUUGAAAUUCGAGUAACGCACACGUCGACACGUAUGGAGAGGUGUUGUUCACUAGUUAUGUAGUCGUUCAUUGAAUGGUAUUAAAAAUGGAACCUGUGUAAAUGAAAUCCGUACUGCGUACGCACAGUGAAUGUGCUUUAGUUGCGAUAUGUGUUAGCGUUCUUUUAUUUCACCUUACUAAAUUACACCAGUGAUUAAUCUAUAAAGUUGCGCCUGUUGGGAGUCGAACCCGGGACCACCGUUGUGGAUGUGCGCCCUCUUACGUGCCAUGUUACUCCCGAAUGCCCCCUUAGCAUGGGGCUUUGCGACUCGGUCGCCCCCCGCGCCCCGGAUCGUCCGUUGAUGUCUUGUGCCGUGACUUCAGCCCUCAGCGGAGCACAAUUUCUCGUCGAUCCUGUGAAAUAAUGCAGAUCUAGUGAGGCCGUGACACUUGCGGUUGUCGCAUGUCGGUGUGUCGCCCGGAAUAAUAUGUAUUUUGUGGUACUGAGCGUCUACAUUAGUAGGGGAAGGGUAGCCAUGUAUUAGUAUGAAUGUCGUGGGGAGCGCACGCCCCAGUGAUGUAAAUUAGUGGAGAGAGAUACCAGUGAGGUAUGGGAUCUGAAAAUCGUGCUGUUUUAUAGCACGCUAUUGAUGGCGCCGCGAAAAUGCAUGGCUGUUGUUCGAACAUGGUGCAAUAAAUUGUGGUGUGAUAGGA